AUGAUCGGAAUGGCCAAUGAACACUUUAAAAAAAUCACUAGCCAAGAAACACAAGUUCUCCUAAAUUCCAAAGACAUUUUAGUUAAAGUUCUUAGAGAAAAUGCAGAACGCAAUAAAUUAAAAAUUACACAAGAGUGUCUGCAAGAUACGGCUCAGUACAUCCUCAAUGAAUUAAAAAAAAUAAAUGAAGUGAAAAGAAUAGAACAAGUAGUGCAUGAUGAAAUUUGUGAUUCCUACAGAAAGGAAUAUUAUGAAUAUAGAGAUAGACAAUUUAAUGCAGCCUUUGAAAAUGCUCAUAGUAAUUGGGCUAAUAACGAAUUUACAAAAAAUUUUGAUCCAGGUUCAUGCAAAGAAAUCUAUGAUUCUUUAAAAGCCUCAUUAAUUGAAACCUAUAAAAAGCCUUUCACGCAAGAGUACUUCAAAUUUCUGGAUUCAUCUGUGGAGGAAUGGGCAAAACAAAUGAUAUAUUAA